GAAGCUCUAUGCUUGUAAGAUAACUACAGAGUAUCAAUGUCAGCAUAAUCUUGAUUGCAUCCAAAAUUCAACUCUCUUUAUUUUCAAACUAUCACAUUUUAUCACCACUACUACUCUACUACUACCCAUCGUCAACAUGUUCGGAUCCCCCUUCAACCGCGAUCUCUUUCGCCGUGCCCCAGUGUCCUCCGCAUACUCGCACUCCAACUACCCAGCCCCAAGCCAAAAUCCUUACUACCACUCUCAGCACACCUACGACCCACCUCGCCAACACGGUCGCACACCGCGUCCACAGCCGCCUCCACGCUACCACUCUCCACUACCUCAACAUCACCGCCGUCUCCCAAGGCGCCCCUCACACUACUCCGACAUCUCCCCCAGCUCCUCCGGACAAGACACCCCAGAUGAACCAUACCCACAUUACAUGGACCCCUCCGGCACCCUCCACCCACGCAUGCCAAUCGGAGGAAGCCGCCGCAGAAACCGAGACCAAUCUCUCCCCUCGGACAACUCCCCGAUAGACAUAGAUGCAGUCUUCACGCGUAUCAACACGAAGGUUCCCCGCCAAACAGCAGAGAAACUAGGGAGGGAUGAGAUACUCAUCUUACCGCUCAACCUUACGCGCCUGCGCGUGCAGAUGCGCAGUAGUCAUGGGACUGAAACCCUGCGUGUGAAUGUAGCAGGCGAUAUGCGGUUCCGCGAUGUUGUCAAGCAAAUUGUGCCGGAGUCAGGUUGGAGUGGCGGGAUUAGGGCAUAUGUCAAGAUGAGGGGGGUGUGGCAGGAACCGGGAUGUGUUCUUGUUAGUCAGAUUGUGGAGCUGGGGCGGUUUGUGUUGACUGAGAGGGGGGAAGUAGAAGUUAAGAUUGAGAUUGGGGGUGGAGGGAGACGUAGUGGUGGUAGGGAGGGAGUCGUGAGGAGCGGAAUACGAGAUGUAUAGAAACAAAAGUUUGCUCGAGUUUAAUGUCGGCUUGGAUAUACAAAUUUCAACACGUAACGAGGGAGAACUUGAAAUAUGAAAGGUAGUUGAACAAAAUGCUAGUACAUCCAUUCGCUCCACAUACUCCACCACCCCAGCCGGACCGCAGGAUUCCGCGCUGCUUCGAUCCGAAACGCCAAACUCGUUCUAAGACUCUGAAUAGUAU